CACGUAUUAUUGUUUCUAUCAAGUAAUUUAUGAAAUUAAUAUCAUAUCAUAUAAAUUAAUAACGUUACGUUAAAAUAAAUAACGUUACGUUAAUUUCAUUAAAAUUUGACUUUAAUUUUGAUGAUAACAUAAGUCUGAUAUGAAAGGUAACUAAAUCGUUUUUGUAAAUAAUAAAUAAGAAACGCUAAAAUAGAGAUGCGUGUUUCAAGUUUAUUAUAAAUAAAGAAGUUUAUAUAAUGUCAGCAAAUUUGACGAUCAAUCUCAAAAGGGCGAGUAAGGUUUACUAUGAAGGAGAAACCGUGGCUGGCGUGGUUGUGGUUGACACCAAUGCAGACCUGCGUCAUGAAGGGCUCUCCUUAACAAUGGAGGGUUGUGUGAAUCUUCAGUUAAACACCAAAAGUGCUGGCAUUUUUGAUGCGUUUUCCAACACUAUAAAGCCAAUCACAUUAAUAAAUACAACAAUAGAGUUAGCAGCAGCUGGUAAGAUCCCUGUGGGUGUCACAGAGAUACCAUUUGAGAUGCCUCUGGUCUCCAGACAGAACUCUAUAGCCCCCGCACUACUGGAGACCUACCACGGGGUGUUUGUCAAUGUUAUAUACACUCUCAAGUGUGGCAUGAGAAGAUCCUUCCUCAACAAGCAGCUCAACACUAGUUGUCAGUUUUUUGUACAACACAGACCUCAAGAACGUCCAGUGUCGAAGCCUGUGCGGUGUGAGAUUACGCCGGCGACGGUGAGGGGCGGAGCGCCCGCCGGGGGCUCCCGACACAUGCCGCACUUCCAAUUGUACGCCGAGAUCGACUCCACUGUCUGUGCGCUCGACAGACCCAUCACCGGCAAGGUCCGGGUGGACGAGUGCUCGGUGGCCAUCAAGUCGGUAGAGCUGCAGCUGGUGAGGGUGGAGACGUGCGGACACGCCGAGGGAGUCUCCAGAGACGCGACGGAGGUCCAGAACAUCCAGGUGGUGUGCGGAGAUCCGCGGCGGGCUUGUGACGUGCCGCUGUACGCCGUCCUGCCGCGACUCUUCUCCUGUCCCACCACCGCAACACACGCCUUCAAGAUAGAGUUCGAGCUGAACAUAGCCGUCAUCUUCGAGGACGACUUCCUGGUCACCGAGAACUUCCCCAUACUCUUAGUGAGGAGCAAAUGAUACACGGCGCUGCGCUCGUAUCGUCUCUAACGAAACUACUCAUACAACAACACCCGGCUCUCGACUUCUACCUUCCGAGUCGGCUCCAAAGACUCUCGUCACGACACGAGCUUGUGUAUAUCGUGCGACUUGAACCUAAUAAAACAUUAUUAUUCCAUAUCACACAUGAACCGGGCCGAACUUAACUGAUAAUAUAUUUUGUACAAUACCUUAAUAGUAAAGCACGCGCCGUCUGCUGUAAACAUUAAACUGAUAAUGUGCAGGAAGGAAACAAAACCGCACGGGAACAGAGCGAGCGACAUCUUAUUUUUACUACCAUGCUCCAAUACUGAUGUUGUCGAGACACGACUGAUAGAAUUUUAAAAAUAUUGUCUCACACGUGAAUGUGAACCGCACCAGAGUAUUUAAUCGAUUUCAAAAUCAAAACUGCUACCUGGGAAGUCAAUGUGUCGUCACACACUUAUUUUUCUAACUAACCAGAUCUUCACAUAGAGGAGGCAGAUCCCGUCCCGCCUUCCCCUUGUGCCCGCUUCCACAUAAAUGUACGUUGAGUACUACUCUUCCAGCCACACUUGCCGCGCGAGGAGAGGAGUCACACGUGCUGCGUUUCUAUAUGUUCUGUCCGGGUCCAGAUGUCAUACGAUACAUUACAUUAUAUUUAACGAAAUGAAAGUAAUCAGGAGACAUCUCAUAGCAGACUGCGACUGUCUUAGGUCAAGCUAUAUCAUCUAAUUACUGGGAAUUAAAAUAAUAUUAAUAUAUUUUGGAGAAGAAAAUAUAUUUACUAUACUAUAUAAACAGUUAACCCAAGAUAUGAGCGCAGACAUCACAAUUAUUUUAUUUCAAGCUGCCAAUAGAAUAAUAAUAAAAUAUGUCAUUUCAUAACAUUCAUAUUGUUUCGGCAUGCAGCCGACGUGCCGUGGCGCCAUCUAGGAACGAUGGUGGUAGAUUCAUGUGAAACAAGUUUUAUAUAAUCCUAAUGUGAAUUUUCUUAACAAUAAUAUCUGUGUGUGUUGGUGCGGGCGCGUCCGUGGGUCAAUAUCCGACUUCGACAAACAAAUAAUGACUUUUUGUUUCACAAAGCGAUUGGAAAUAAAGAGAACGCAACUAAUACAGAGGAGACAAGAAAAAGAUUUAUGUUCUAGUAGCACCGCACCGGAGUCUGAACUCCAACAAUUUGUGAAAUAUGAACAAUAAUUCAAACUACGUAUUUAGAAAUUAUUUCAUUUUACAUCUACCGAUUUCUC